AUGGGCAUGACGAUGGAUGUUAAAGGUUUAUACACUCCAAAGGCACGUUUUUCUGCUAGGGAAACGAGGGACAAGUUCGAUUUUGCUAUACAAAGCAAGUUUCACUCCCUGGACUUUACACUGGAUGACUUUGAUAUAGGUGCAUUCGUGGGCGAUGGUGCCCAUGGGCAGGUUUUUUUGGCAAGGGAACGACGUACCGGUUUUAUUUGCGUGUUAAAAUGCAUUUUUAAAUCACAACUUGUGAAAAAUGGACAGGAAGCUAUUUUCAAGCGGGAAAUCGAAUUGCACGGGCAUCUGAGACAUCCAAACAUAGCAUGCUUGUAUACCUGGUUCACUAGCCCUACUAUGAUAUUCAUAGUGAUGGAAUAUUGUUACAAUGGCGAUCUAUUUAAUUAUAUGUCAAAACAUGGCCAACUGAGUGAAGAAAGGGUAUCAGAAAUUUUGUUCGAAGUCAUUUGGGCCAUUAGAAGCUGCCACGACAAACGCAUAGCGCACUUGGAUAUUAAACCAGAGAAUAUAUUAUUGGACCAUGAAAACAGGUGUAAAUUGGCGGACUUUGGAUUCUCUGCACACAUAGGGCAUUUGUACCGCUCAAACGGAGUGCCUCAUCAUCGUGGCACGCAUGAUUAUUGGUCUCCGGAGCAGUGUGCCAAACAUUUGGGUCUGGGGUUGAAGUAUGGGGAGUAUGAUGAACAAAGCGACAUAUGGGCGUUGGGCAUAUUGGCAGUUGAAUUGUUUAUUGGAUACCCUCCAUUUGGAUCUACUACUGAAGAGCCCAACAAUGUGAUUAUGAACAGAAUCCACACUUACCACUGGACCAAACAUAUUUUUGAAAUGAAGAGGGAAAAACAUCUACUCUCGUCGACGCCUGAGUUCCGAUCUUUUGUAGAGGCCUGUCUCAGGAAGCACUCUUUUAAACGUCCCAAAGCAGACGAGCUACUGAUGCACCCAUGGAUUGUGAAACACAACAUUAAUAGAUUUAAAGAUGAAGCAUUUAUUUCCCAGCCACGAUCUGGGUACAAUUAUAGGAAAUCGUAA